AUGACUUCAGCAACUAGAAGUAUCAAGCAUAGAAACCAAUAGUUUAGUGAAAAUAUUACCAAAAGAGGAUAGUCAAGUAUUUCUGGAAAACCUGUCCCAAAAGAGAAAUCAAGCAAAGUUGGUCCUGUUAUUACUUCUCUAUUCAUUUUUGUAGUAGUAGGUUCAGCUGUAUUUUAGUUAUUAAAUAUGUUUUUAAACACUUCUUCUUGA